CAGAGCAUGCCCGAGAUGGGGAGUUCGAUCCACUGUGCUUAAAAAUGGGGGAGAAGAGGGUGUGCGUGGUAGGCGCCGGAAUCAGCGGCCUGGUUACCUGUAAAUACCUUCUCAACAAGGGUUUCCAUCCGGUGAUCUUCGAGGCCGACGACUCCAUCGGAGGCGUUUGGGCCAAGAACACCCUUGAUUCAACUCGUCUCCAAUCGCCAACAUCAGCUUACUGCUUCUCCGACUUCCCCUGGCCUGAGACGGUCAACGGAAUGCCCCAUCACACGGAGGUUAUGAGGUACAUUGGAGAUUACGCCCGCCAGUUUGAUCUUCUCCGGUAUGUGAGGCUCAGGGAGAAGGUGGUGGGAUUGGACUAUGUCGGCGUAGCGGAGGAGGAGAUGGUAGGAUGGAAGCAGUGGGGUGGGAUCGGACAAGCCUUUGCCGGUGCCAGCGGUGGUCCGGGAGUUUGGCGUGUCACCGUGCAGCGAGCUGAGGAUGGUUCAGUCGAGGUUCAUAUGAUGGACUUUGUGGUGCUCUGCUUGGGUAGAUUCUGUGAUCUUCCAAAUAUUCCUAGUUUCCCAAAUAACCAAGGCCCAGAGGUCUUUGAUGGCAUGGUUAUCCACUCCAUGGACAUAGCAAGAAUGGGUCGUGCAGCAGCCACUGAGCUCGUAGAAGGAAAGCGUGUUGUUAUCAUUGGUUGCCUUAAAUCCGCACUUGAUGUUGCCGCUGAAUGUUCUGAUAUCAAUGGAACAGAACACCCAUGUACUAUGCUCUUUCGGACAAAGAGGUGGAUCAUACCUGACUUUACUGCUUGGGGCUUUUCCACUAGUUACUUCUAUGAGAAUCGCUUCUCCGAGUUGCUUCUUCACAAGCCAAAUGAAGGAAUCAUGCUAUACCUUUUGGCCAUUUUUCUAUCUCCACUGAGAUGGAUAUUUUCCAAAUUUGUCGAGGUUUACUACAAGAGAAUCCUUCCCAUGAAGAAGUAUGGAAUGGUACCAAAUCACAGCUUCUUCCAGGCCAUGACCACUUGUUUGGUAGCCAUAUUACCGGAUAAAUUCUAUGACAAAGUAGAAGACGGAAGCAUUGUGCUUAGACAAUCAAAGAACUUUGUGUUCUGUAAGGAGGGAAUCAUGGUUGAUGGCGACUCGAUGCCGAUUAAGGCCGAUUUGGUUAUCUUUUGCACAGGUUUCAAAGGUGAUCAGAAGCUUAUCAACAUAUUUGAAUCCCCAAUGUUUCAAAAUCUUAUGGCUGGUUGCCUGGACUCUACUGUCCCUCUUUACAGGGAAUGCAUUCAUCCCAGGAUACCACAACUGGCAGUGAUAGGGUACUCGGAGAGUCUUGCAAACCUUUAUACUUCCGAGAUGAGGGCGAGGUGGUUGGCUAAUCUCCUCGGAGGAUUUCAACUUCCAAACAUAGAAAAUAUGGAGAAGGAUAUAAUUGAAUGGGACAAGUUCAUGAAAAGAUAUUCACACAAGUAUUAUAGAAGAUCAAGCAUCGGUACAAUUCAUAUAUGCUAUAAUGAUCAACUCUGUAAGGACAUCGGUUGCAAUCCUAAAAGAAAGAAGGGGUUUUUCGCGAACUUGUUCCUUCCUUACGGCCCUUUGGAUUAUGUAGGAGUUGGGUAGAAAUGACAUGCAAUGAAUUUUGUUCAUACUUGUAAAUGUUGUUAUAGGGGUGAUGAGUGUGUAGAUGUGGGUGAUUUGUGUGUUGAGAAUAUGUAAAGAUUAAAUAAAUACUUAUGUAUAUGUGUAUGCAUAUGUGUAUUUUGUAUGUAUGUAUCUAUGAUUAGUCAUCCAAAUGACUUGUUUAAAUCUCUUAAACUCUAGCAUUUCUUAUCUUAUUUUUUACAGUGCUUUUUGUACAAGUUUUAUAAAUUAUGA